CUCGAGGACUCGUCUUCUCCCACCGCGCCGCCGUCCAGCUUCUCACCAUGGAGCCGGGGAAGGUUCACCCCAACCUGAAGACGCUGCUGCUGACCACGAUGAUGUUUAAAUGGGGAAUCCUCUGCAAUGCCACGUCGGACAGGUGUCUGUCCGCGCCCUGCCACAACGGAGCCACCUGCGUGGACUCCAUGGACGACUACGCCUGCAUCUGUGCCCAAGACGGGGUCCGACACAUGGGCAAGCACUGCGACCAGCUGUACGACGCCUGCGCCUUCGCGCCCUGCGAGGAUUGCGCCAGCACGCCCGGCACCGCGGGGUACCGCUGCGUCUGCCCCGACGGACUCUCGGGCGAGAACUGCACCGAGGAGGUGGACGAGUGCCAGAGCAACCCUUGCUCCGGGCCCCGCUCCCUGUGCGUGGACCAGCCCAACGGGUACUUCUGCAGGUGUCCCGCUGGCUACGGCGGGCGGGGCUGCGGGACGCGCGUGACGGACUGCGUCGACGGGCCCUGCGGGAGCAACGGGACCUGCGUGCUGCGCCCGGAGGGCUUCGGGUGCCUCUGCGCGCCGGGGUUCGAAGGGGAGGCCUGCGAGCGCGACGUGGACGAGUGCUCCUCGUAGCCCUGCUCGGACCGGGGCCAUCUGCGUGGACGGCGAAGCGGAGUUUCCGCUGCUUCUGCGUGCCCGGUUUCCAGGGUCACACGUGCGAGAUCGACAUCAACGAGUGCGCCUCGCGGCCCUGCGAGAACAACGGCACCUGCAUCAAUGAGAAGGACCACUACGAGUGUGAGUGCCUGGAGGGCUUCGCAGGAGUCAACUGCGAAAUGGAGAUCGACGAGUGCGCGUCCGGGCCCUGCCACAACGGGGCCACCUGCCGCGACUUGAUCGCCGCGUAUUCCUGCGAGUGUUCGCCCGGGUUCGAUGGGGUGGACUGCCAAGUCGACGUGGACGAGUGCGCCAGCGACCCCUGCCAGAACAGGGCCGUCUGCCACGACAUGGUGAACAGCUAUGAAUGUGACUGCAGCGAUACAGGAUUCCAGGGUGACCACUGUGACGUGGACAUCCCAGAGUGUGCCUCUGAUCCCUGUCAGCAUGCUUCCUCAUGCUUAGAGGGAGUCAACAAAUACACUUGCUCCUGCUGGCCAGGUUACACGGGACCAAACUGCGAGAUUGAUAUAGACGAGUGUUCCGAGCUGCCCUGCGAGAAUGGCGGGGAGUGUUUUGAGCGCUCAGAUCCGUCUCACUGGGUGCUGGACUGGGAGCUCCGGUCUGAGGAUGCAGCGGGGUACAUCUGCCAGUGUCAGCCGGGCUUCGCAGGCGAGAACUGCUCCGUCAACAUAGACGAAUGUGAGUCAGAACCCUGCCAGAACGGAGGCGCGUGUGAGGACGCGGUCAACGGCUACGCCUGCACCUGCUCUGCAGGGUUCCUAGGCGAUCUGUGUGAGGUGAACGUUGACGAGUGCCAGAGCCAGCCCUGCCAGAACGGCGCCUGGUGCGAGGACGGCAGGGCCUCCUACAGCUGCCACUGUCCCGAGGCGGAGGCCGGCGAGCUCCCCUGGGGGGGCCGUCACUGCGGCGUGAAGCUGCGCGGCUGCGUGGGCCACGCGUGCCAGAACGGAGCCACGUGCCACCCGUGGCUGGCGGACGGGGAACAGGGUCACACGUGCCUGUGCCCUCACGGCUUCUACGACGAGCGGUGCUCCACGCCGACGACCUUCUCCUUCUCCACGGCCCGCUACGUUCACAUCCAGGUUGCGUCCGAGGGGAGGACCCGGAGGGAGGUCGAGCACCCCGUCCACCGCGGGCACGGGGUGCAGCUGCGCUUCCGGACGACUCUGCCCGACGUGGUGCUCUUCUUCAGGGGGGAUGCGGACAAUCACCUCGUCUUGGAGAUCGUGGAGGGAGGUCUUCGAGCGAAAGCUUUUUCCGAGGAAGCCGAACUGGAUGCGACGUUUCCUGGACUGGUCAGCGAUGGAGACUGGCGGGACGCCCACGUCUUUGUGGAUAGCAAGGGCCUGGUGCUGAUCCUGAAAGGCCGUGGCUGCGACAGGGAUGGAUGCAGAGUCACGGACGGCGGCGCGGAUGAACCACCCUACCUGCCCUCCGAGGCCUUCACUCACGUGUACGUGGGCGGAGCACCAGAGGAGCUUUUAGAGUUCUCCGCGAGCGGCGCGGGCUUCAUCGGCUGCAUGGAAGACCUGAUGAUCGACUCUAAGCCCGUCCUACCGCAAACGCUUCCGAAGGGCCGAGGCCACGAGCUGGGAUGCAGUAAGACCGAUUGGUGUAAGCCCGACCCGUGCCAUGGACAUGGACGCUGCGUGGACCUGUGGACCAGCUAUCAGUGCGCCUGCUACCGUCCCUUCCACAGCCAGCGCUGCACUGACGAGUUCCCGUCAUGGACAUACGGCCAUGAGGACACAGAGAGCUUCAGCGUCUAUGAUGUCGGGAGGAGACACGAGAGCAACUUCAGUGUGUCCUUCUUCCUGAGGUCGCUGAAGCCCGACGGGCUGCUGUUCCAGCUGAGGAGACCCACGGAGGAGGAGGAGGAGGGCGGGGAGGUAUACUUCUCCGUCUACCUGGGGAUGGGGAGGGUCUUCGUCAGCUCUCUGCCCAACAGCGCCCCCCUAACAGCUCCCAUAUUUGUGACCACCGGCGAGAAGCAACUCCUGCAGGUGGAAGUGCGCCACCGACAGGUGAUCUUUGAGCACGCGGGCCUUCGCUACGGGAUCGGAGAGAUCCCCGCGGUCACCCUCGGCAUCGGGGAUCGGGCGUACGUUGGGGGACUCCCGGGAGACUGGGACUCCAACGCGUGGGGGGGGCAUUACAAAGGCUGCCUGCAGGACCUUCGCUUGGACUCUGUGCAUCUAGAUGUGGACGCCUGGAACAGCUCGGACGGGGAGGGAGCGUAUCUACCGAGUGAUGCUGGGAAUGUGGAGACGGCCUGCGUCAGCGACGACACGUGCAAGGUGAAGCCCUGUCUAAAUGGAGGAGAAUGCACCGUCACGUUCAACGAUUUCCUGUGUUCGUGUCCGGCCGAAUACACCGGAAAGACCUGCGAGACACGCGUGUGGUGUGUGGGCCGUCCGUGCGGCCAUGGCGGCUACUGCGUGGACCUCCCCGAUGGAUUUGACUGUGUUACCAACGCCACGUUUGAGAACAGCCCUGUGCACUACAGCGCCGGCGGCUCCCUGGCUGAACCCGUCUCCAGCAUAUACGUGGAGCUGCGGACCCGUUCGGGGAACGCUGUGCUCCUGAGGGCCUCCCGGGGCCCCGACCUGCUGAUGGUGGGUCUGCUGGAUUCGUCGGUCCGGGUGGAGAUCCACAUCGGCAACAGCGUCGAGGCUCUGGCCUUCACGGGGGUUCGCCGCGUGGCCGAUGGGGGCUGGCACCGCGUGAACAUCUCAAUGGCCCAGAAGGGACGCAAAGCCUCCCCCUGGGUGAUCACCGUGGACGGGAUCACGGACGCCAGCAGCGCGCCGCAGCGCGCGGGAGGCGUCCGCUUCCUCAGCGACAAGUCGGCCACGCUGGCCCUCGCGGAGAGCUUCACCGGCUGCCUGGGGGCGGUCAGGGUCGGUGGAGUCCACCUCCCUUUCCUGGACGACUACAAAGCCCCGCAGCCGUCUCAGUUCCACUUAGCUGGAAAACCAAAGAUCCGUUUGGGUUGCACCGGCGCCCCCGUCUGCGAGCCCGACCCCUGUGCAAAUGGGGCCACUUGUGAAGACCUCUUCAACAAACGGGUCUGCGUCUGUUCUUCGGGCUGGGGGGGCGAGCUGUGCGAGACGGACGUCGAUGACUGUGCGUCUCAGCCCUGCGUCCACGGGAGCUGUAAGGACUACUUGGCUGGGUUCGAGUGCCGAUGCCACCCGGGAUACGCCGGCGAGCUCUGCGAGGAGGAUGUGGACGAGUGUCAGCGCCACGCCUGUGAGCAUGGAGGCACCUGUCACGAUGGACCCAACAUGUACACCUGUACAUGCCCCAAGGGCUACAGCGGCCCUCGCUGCCAGUGGGACUACCCUCCCAUACAGUGUGGUAAAGAUGUCCGCUGUGAGAACGAUGGGGUCUGCCGUGAUGGGCUGUGGGGAGCCAACUGUACAUGCAUGCCCGGUUUUACAGGCAGCAGGUGUGAGUCGGAGAUCGACGAGUGUGCGUCGAACCCCUGUCGACACGGCGGCUCCUGUUUGGAUCGAUUCAACAUGUUUGUGUGUGAAUGCCCGCCUGGCUACAGCGGUCCAACCUGUGACACUAACAAACAAGCCCACAAACAAGGGGUCCCCUGGUUGGUGGUGGCCAUCCCGCUGCUCUGCUUCUGCGUGUUGAUCGUCAUCAUCGGCUUGACCUUCGUGGCGCUCACGGCGCGGAAGAAGCGCCAGUCGGAGGGCGCGUACAGCCCCAGCACCCAGGAGGUGGCCGGGGCCCGGCUAGAGAUGGACAGCAUGCUCAAAGUCCCACCGGAGGAGAGGCUCAUCUGACAGCCUGGGAUGAAGGGUAUGAGGGGGUCCGGGCGCUGCGGGCAGGUUGCUCUGGACUCGCUGUGGAACACAAUCUGGGCUGAACCAAGGGGCAGUUGUUGUGGGGACACAGCCCCCCCCCCCUACCCCCGCCC